UGGGUUGUUGUGUUUGCAGGGUGUUGUUGUUCUUCCAUCAAUGUUUGGUCUCGACUUCGGGGACUAAAUCGACCGAUAUGCGAAGCUGGUGGAUCCAAAGCACAACGAUUUUGAAGUGUUGGUCGAGAGAAGCAAUGGAUUGAUCUUACUGACCAAAGGAUGGCAUGCAAUGCGUAUUUUUAUGGUUUGCGCCUUGGUGCAUGGGUUGGGAUGGUGUUUCUGGGGAAUGGAAAGUUUGCAAUCACUCUUAAGGAUAGGUUUGAUAAGCAUAUUCCGUAUCCCAAGUUCACCCCUCAUGUGAAAUUUGAGCUUGAAAAACAUGUUAUGCCUUUUCAUUUACCCAAUUACGUGCCAACUUCUUUCACCCAUGACCAAGAGAAUUUUCAGUUUCCUUAUUCAAAGAAGCUAUCUGCUCAUGAGCUUGAAACCAGAUGGCUGAUGCUUGCUGACAUUGAGUUCUGCCAGACUGCCUUGGAUAUGCGCACCAAGUAUGUCAGAAUGGUUGACGACUGCGGCAAUCUUUGGUUUUGUACUGUGCUGUUUGAGACGCGUCCAUAUUAUCAUUUUAAGAUCGGUGGUGGUUGUAAGAGAAUGGCUGUUGUGCAUAGGUUCUAUCAAGGUUUACGUGUCGUUGUUGGUGUUCUGGAAGCUGGGCGACAUUACUCUCUACUUCAAGGUGGUUCAUGCUUAGUGUUGGUUGCCGUGGGUGUGGUUGGGAUUGAUGCAGCAAAUUUAUAAUGUUAUGGAGUUGAAAGCUAUAUGUGUGCAAGCGUCGUUUGUUUUUCUUUUUUCUUUUUUCAAUCAAAGGAAAGUUUAUGUAAUCGUCGAUGACAAUACUAUCUAUUUCGGCAGUUAAUGAAAAAAAAAAGUCUUUGCUUAUCGUAUUA